AUGUCGAAUGAGAAUUCUUCCCGCGUCGUAUUUCUCAUCGACACUCAUGAUCCCUUGAUCGAUGCUUACAAAAUCAAGCAGAUCGCACUGCAGAUCCUAUUGUACUUUUAUGACCGUGUGGACAAGAAAGUAACCUGGGGAUACCGCUUCUUCAGUUCUGAAUCGGCGGCCACCGAACCCACCGAGUAUUCUUUGUAUUCAUUUAUGCCAGACAAUAUCAGAGCCUUUCAGGAAAAGUGUACUGAAGAACUACGACAAGAAACAAAACCCCCAGUGCCUUUCUCUCCUUCUUCGCCUUCUGCCUCUACUUCUACCGCUGCUGCUGCUACUGAUGAUAUCAGUAACAACCGCCAAACAACGUCAUAUUCUGUACUCCAGCAAACAAUGAUACAAAUCCUGAAAGAGUUUCAAUGGGCAAGUGGCAGCACUGGCUCGCAUCUGUCUACAAUCAACGGAUACCAAAAGGCUAACCCGACUUGCUUCCGGUCCAAUAAACCCGGACAAAAUGGAGGCUAUAUUAAAAACCAUGUGUACAUGAUCACCAAAUGUCCUGAUACUUAUGAAAGCAUGCUUCGGUAUGUUGGAUAUACCAACCUUGAGAACCUAGACACCACAGACGACCAGAAGAUAAGACAUCUAGCACACUCGAUUCAUUCUAUGGCUCAAGAUCUACAGAAAUCCUUGUUGAGAAGCUACAUCAAACGACAGAUAUCCUUCAACUGGAUCAAUACCUGUGAAGGAAAUGUGAAUGAUCUAAAAUACAAGUUAUGUAAAAACCAGAAAAGCAUUCCAUCCCUUGCCUACUCCUAUCCCUCCCUCUAUGUAACUGUUAUACCUGUAUCUAGCUUUCAAAAGCAGAUUUCUAAUGGCAUGAACAAGUUUCUCAAUCUGUUUGGUGGACACAUGAUUCCUUAUUACAUUGGACUCGCAAAUCAUGCGAAAUACGGGUGUUCGUUUGCUACCCUAUUUUCUUCCUACCACUCAUCUUACUUCCAAACCAAUGCCGCUGUCAAACAAAACGCAGUAAAGGCGACUACCGAGGGCCACACAUUGGAAGCCUACACUGCUUGUAUGCAAAACGGGAUCAAACGAGAACGUGGGUUUUGGGAAGGCGGUCUUCGUCUUGGGUACCGAUCUGAAAAUUUUCCAGACCGAGACUUGAAUGAGGUUUACAGAAUAAAGCUAAAAUCAUUUUUCCGAACAACGCAUGAAUUAUCUUUGGAGAAACGGACGAUAUCAUCUUCUAUCAAAGAUAUCUUUGCACGUGUGUCGACCUUGGAUACAAUAGCCAUGAUCCGUAACUCAGACAUUCAGAAACACUGGUUCAGGGAUAGGUUUGAAGAAGACAAGCGGCUAGAAUUCACAGUGACCUCAACAGACCACGAUCCAGCCGGGUUUAUGGACCUUGUUGAUUCAUUGCUGUCCACUCAUCAGGCACUUGUUGUCGAUCUACAGACCCACAGAGCAUUUCGAAAUAAUGGGAAAAACACACCGUCUUUGCAAGCACUUGUCAAGCCAUUAGCUCUUGGGCACAUGAAUGUGGUACUCUUGACAAGGCCGAUUAAAGAAGAAGAACUGUUGAGAUUGGAUUCAAUAUCGCGUUUAUCUAAUAAUGAUGACGAUAAUAACGGUGACGACAACGACAAUGAUGAUGAUGAUGAUGAUAAAAGUUAUAAUACCCACAAACCAGGCUUGGUCCAACUUGAUUUUGGAUCACUUCUUGAGUUGGAACCUCUUUCCAUGAUAUCAAUAGACAAAUACUGUCAAGGUGGAUCGAAUUUGCCGAGAAUAAUCUUACACCGGAAAAGAACUCAAGAAGAUCUAAAAACCGACAACACCUCCAAAAAGAAGGAAAUCCGAAUAAUACCAGUAACCGAUAAACCACUGGAAUCGCUUCCAAAAAAUAAGGGCGAAUUGUUUAGUGUGGUGAGGACACUUUAUCUUGAAGCUCUCUACCUUGGAAAGUGGACUCAUCGUGGACUAAUGAAAAGUCUAAUUGCAUGUGUUAAUGCGGCUACUGAUUUUACUGAUGUGUCGGAUAUUAUUAAUCUGCUCAGUUUGUGGACAAAGGGAUGGGUGGACAUUGACAUUCACCACAAAGAGAUUUCAAAGUACCUGAAUCGCAAAAGAGUCAACAUCAGUUACAAUGAGACUCGAUACAUAAAGAUCUGGAAACGAGCCCAGCUAUCAAAUACAACUUCUUCUCAAAAGGCAACACUAUUAAAAUGGUUAAAGAUGAGAGAAACAAAAUUGCAGAUAAUCCUUUACUUGACAAUAAUUUCUUUAAGAAAAUUAUCAAAAUCAAAGGAUCUUGUGAAUACUGACAAGAAAGACCAAUUUAAAAACCAAAACCAAAAAGAAGACGAAGAAGAAAUAGACGGUGUACAGAACUGGAGACCGAUGGAUCGUUACAGCAAAAUACCUGAAGAACUUGUAGAUAUAUUUUUCGAUAGAAUCCAGAUAUGGGAGAUAACAUCUUCAAUAUGUAACGAUUUGGAAGCUAUCAAUUCAGAAAGAGAAGGAUGUACACCAAUAAUGCGAAUAGAUCCGGCUGAUAUACAUCUAACCAAAUUCGUAGAAGAUGUUGCGGGUUGUUUCUCGGCAACCUUGCCAAACAUUGUAAAAAAUUAUCGAGAAAAAAUCAGUGACAAUGGAAAACAAAAUAAACGACUAGAAGCAUCCCAGCAAUUUUCUAUAUGUACAAAGAUUACCAACCCAUCGACAACUGUAAAUACCAAAGGUGGAUGGUUAAAUUAUGAAGGAAAACCAUUUGAUUAUCAUUCUGUAUCAGUAAUCGUAGUAGUAAAAUCAGUAGAAGUAGAAGUAGAAGUGGUGAGCUUAGAAAGAAGAUUGGAGAGAGCACGGAUAGAAGACAUGGAGGAUAGGGCAGAAUCUCCUAGGCUUCCAAAGAUGGCAAGGGUCGAUAGUGCUAUCUUGGCAGAUCGACUCUUUCAGGAUGAAAUGAUAAUCGACCGGAAUUUUCCAAAGUUUGGUGAAAAUUGUGAAAUUUGA